AUGGAGGAAGUGGUACUGAUCGAACAUCCUCAAUCGGGCCAUGUAAUCAAGUCACGACCGUAUCGUUUGUCAUGCAAAGCGGUGAAUGCAAGAAAAAUCCGCUUCAAAUGUAAUAAUAGAUGGGUACGUUAG